AUGUGUUCUAUCCCAUCACCAAUGCAACUCAAAACGAUGCCGGCUCACGCCAAGAGGAACAGAUAGCAGCCGGAACCCCUUCCCCGGAUAAAAAAUGUUUGGCAUCAAGCACUUGGAUGUCGUACUGCAUCAAGUUUGAGGGAUCAACGGAACUCCCGAUGAAAAUACACGCUGUGAGCACCACCUACGGUCUCAAGAGAGCCGUCAUUUAUACGCGAACCCCGAAAGCUCCGGCAACAUGAACAGUCGCCUCGACAAGAACUCCUCGCAGGUGAGGAAGAGAAUCGAGAGUCAUGAGUUCGUAGACGAGGAUGGCGAAGAAUAUGAGCGCAGCGCUUUCGGCGGCUUCGGCGAUUACUUCAGGCGCAAGAAGAUCAAGCUGCAAAACCUGGAUGCGGACAUACGAGCUGCUUCGACCGACAAGCCCCAGAUCUUCAAGGGCGUCGUUGCGCACGUUAUGGGCUAUACGCAACCGCCGCUUCACGUAUUGCAUCGUGAGCUUGUUCAACAUGGCGCAGGCUUCUUGCAGUACCUGGACUCAAAGACCAUGGCGACACACAUCAUCGCGUCUUCUAUUCCACCCAAAAAGUCCGUCGACUACAGCAAAUACAGGAUUGUGAAGCCCGCCUGGGUCACCGACUCGGUUGAAGCCGGUAGAUUAUUACCUUGGUCGGACUACCGUGUGAACAACAAUGAUGGGCCACGCCAGAAGGUUUUCAAGCUCAAUGACUCCAGAACCCUCAGCCAGACGACUCCGCAAGCCAAAAGGGGAUACAGAGAACAGACGGACGCCAGCUUUUACACCAGCCAGUUCAAAGCAACCGCCGGAAGUCCUGCAACGCCUUCGUUGAGUCGGUUCGCAGAGCGCGCCGAGUCGCCUCUUGCUCGUUCCCAUGCUCGCGAUUCCAACAGCCCUUCGAUCCCACAAUUUGUGAAGGGGCCGCCACUCAAACACAAAGACGAUGUUGAAGAGUUUGACGAUAUGGAAGUUGACGAGUUAAUGGUCGACUUUGUUCCCGAAGAAGACAAAGUCGCCAAGAUUGAGAAACCUGACAUACAAGUUAUACCAACCGCGGUUGAGAAGCCAAAGCAAGGAAACAAAAUGCCGGAGAGUAUGACAUCAGAAGAGCACAACGCCGCGCUUCUGUCGGAUCCCAAGAUAUGGAAGUCGUCAACAGCAAACCCUGAUUUCCUGAAGCAAUUCUAUUCUGAAAGCCGCCUCCAUCAUCUCUCCACCUGGAAAGCAGAGCUGAAGUCAAGAAUGCAGAGUCUUGCCAAAGAGAAAGGGGUGUCUCCCAAGACCAUCAAGGGAUACCGAGGGUCGCGACGGUACAUCAUCCACGUCGACUUUGACAGCUUCUUCUGCGCCGUCUCCAUCAAGAAAACCCCUCAGUAUGUUGACAAGCCGACUGUGGUUGCUCACAGCAGCGGGACAGCCUCUGAAAUAGCGAGCUGUAACUAUGUUGCGCGUAAGUUCGGGGUCAAGAACGGCAUGUGGAUGAAGCGGGCGCUGGAGCUGUGCCCGGACAUCAAAGUAUUGCCUUACGAUUUCCCUGCCUACGAAGACGCAAGUCGGUUAUUCUACGAGUCGAUCCUCGAGCUGGGGGGGGUUGUUCAGAGCGUCAGUAUUGAUGAGGCGCUUGUCGACAUAACCUCCAUCGUUCUUUCCACUGCGGUAUCCGACGGCGCUGGAGUCGACGAUAGCAGCAUAUCGAUGGAGCAAGAAAGGGCCGAACAGAUCGCGCUCGCGCUUCGGAACAAGAUAAAGGAAUCGACUGGUUGUGCGGUAUCAGUAGGCAUCGGAGGCAACAUCCUACUUGCCAAGGUUGCUUUACGGCGAGCGAAACCCGCGGGACAAUUCCAGAUCAGGCCGGAACAAGUUCUCGACGUUAUCGGAGAACUCGAGGUAAAAGAUCUGCCUGGAGUUGCUUAUAGUCUGAGCGGAAAGCUCGAGGAAAUCGGCGUUAAGUUCGUCAAAGACAUCCGCCAAGUGUCCAAGGAGCGAUUGUCUUCGUCACUGGGCCCAAAAACUGGAGAAAAGCUGUGGGAGUAUGCUCGGGGCAUCGACCGCGCCGAAGUGGGAGAGCAACCACCGCGUAAGUCUGUCUCGGCCGAAGUGAACUGGGGCAUCCGCUUCAUCAACCAGCAGGAAGCUGAAGAGUUCAUUCUGAACCUCUGCAAGGAACUGGAACGUCGCCUUCUGAACGAGCAAGUCAAGGGAAAGCAGUUCACCAUGAAAAUCAUGCGCCGGGCCCUGGACGCGCCCCUAGAUCCACCGAAGCACCUGGGGCACGGAAAAUGCGACUCUUUCAGCAAGAGUAUCUUGUUUGGCGUGGCAACGCACAACGCCGAGACCAUCGCGAAGGAGGCCGUGUCGAUACUUCGGUCUUACAGAUUUACCCCGGGUGACCUUCGAGGUCUUGGUGUCCAGUUGACGAGACUGGAGCCGAUUAAGUCUGGCGCAGCCGGGCCUGAGAGCAGUCAACGGCGGCUGGCAUUUCCCAGCUUUGGCGGCCAAUCCGGGGCAAAAAAGGCUCCGGCAGAUCCGAUCGAGGAUUUGCGGAGCCCCCAGAGGCCGAAGUCGACUCAGAGUCGAGGAGGAGGUGGAGGAGACGUAGCACAGGACCCUAUUGCGGAUGACCCCUUGACACCAAGAAAGCCCAAGGUGCACCCUGCUUUGGCACUAGCACGGGCCGGUGAAAAUGAUGCAAAGGCACAAACGCCAUUGAACAUCAUGGGGACCCAAUUCAUCCUCCCUUCGCAGGUCGACCCAGCCGUUUUGGCUGAGUUGCCAGGCCACAUUCGGGCUAAGCUGCAGAGAGGCCAGAGGCUCAAGUCGGAGCCCAGGAGGCAGGCAUCUCCACAGAUCAAGUCAAGGAGCAAUAGCCCCGCUGUGCAAGAUGAGAUACCCUCACAGGUCGACCCAGAAGUCUACAACGCUUUGCCCGACGAUAUGAAAGCAGAGGUCCUAGCACAGUAUGGCCGAAGAAAUGUGCAGCAAACCCGCCUGCCACAGUCGCCGCACAAGGACAGGUUUAUCCACCCGAAACAGGUCACAACCCCAACAAAGAGAGGUGGCAGAAGCCUAUUCAACAACGCCAGGGAGCGGCAGCAGGAUGCAGCAGCAAACCGCCUACAGACAAACUUCCUGCCAAACAAAGACGCCGGAAACCCCCAUGAAGAGCUGGACGAGCUGGAUCAGGAAUUUCUUGCGGAACUACCCGAGGAUGUCCGCAAAGAAAUCAUUGAGGACCAUCGCAAGAAACGGCUGGCGAAGCGAUCCGGGCUCCUGUUCAACGCUCCCUCUCGGCGGCAACACGGCGGAGGCGAGCUGGGCGAGCCUCUGCCUGCCGGGCAAACCAAGCUCCAGUUCCCAGCACCGCCGCCCAGGAUCAACUUUAUGGGUUCCGCUGUGAAGUCUGUCCAGGAGAUCAAGGACAUGCUCGAGGCGUGGCACGACGGGACCCGGUACGACGGCCCCCACCGGGAGGACGUCGUCGUAUUCGAGAAGUACCUGGCGAAGGUCGUGUUGGAGGAGAGGGACAUGCGCAAGGCUGCGAAGCUGGUGCAGUGGCUCGAGUGGCUGGUAGAGGAGGACGGCAGCGAGGGGAGAGGAAAACAGGGAUGGAGGAGGUCCAUGACGGACAUCAAGGCGGAGGUUCAGAAAGCCGUCGAGGACAGAGGCUUGGGUCCUCUAAAACUUUAGGAUUGGUUGCAAAUAGAAAUCACGAGCCAUGACAUGAUAUCAUUUAAUGCUGGACCGCUCAUAGCGCACGCGGGAGCGGAAAAGGAGAAGAUGACGGGGGGGGGGAGCACAUUUUGUGUACAACCUCGACUUUCUUCUUGGCCUCAAUGUGGCGUGGGAAAGAUGAGACAUUGAUCCAACUUGGGAAAUUCUAUAAGCCGGUAACCAGGGGGGUAUCCUCCAAAAGCAAAGAAAACAAAAUGUUGCGUGUGACUUCUCAAACGUCGCGCGCACUAUCUGGCAUGCUCUCCUCAACACUUCUCUCCUUUACCGGGGGAUUACCAUCGUCACAGCAACAUCACAUACGUCGCCAACGCCGCCACGGACAAGGCGGCCCAGGACGUCGAGGCGGUCGCCAGCCGAACGCCGCCGGCAUUGAGCUUGUACACGCUCAGCUUCAGCGCGCCGCCACAGACCAUGCCCUGGUUGCCGUCGCAGGGCAGGUUGCACUCGCUGUCGUCGAACUUGACCGAGAGGCCCGAGAUCCUCUGGGCACACCAGCAUUCGCUGCACACGCUGCGUCAGCCGAUGGGUUGUUAUUGCAGACACAUUACACAGAAAAAAAACGGUAGAAGAAGAAGAGGAAUGGGAAAAGAAUACUGCCCGGCGGCGGCGACGGAGCGGGACUCACCGUGAGUACUCGAGGCCAGCAUAGGUGUAUUCCUUGUCGGCGCCGCUGCUGCAGAAGCUGAGGCACAACGGUACCGUCAUGUUGCCCUGGAGGACGCGGGAGGCGCCGCCAGACAGGGCGCGCUCGUGGGCCGUGUUGGCGAUGUCGUUGGUCUCAUUGAAGCAUCCCUGAUACAGAUACUUGUCGGAGCCCGUGUAGAUCUGGAGCUGGGCGGCGGCGAGGGGCGCGAGGAGGGUGAAGAGGAGGAGGAGGGCGGCGAGACCGGGGAGGCCGCUGCGAGCCAUUGUCUUUUCCGUUUGUGGGGGGCGAAUGAAGCUAAAUGAGCCGACUGGAUGUUGAAUGUGAACUGUGUUCCCCCGCUCUAUAGACGACGGAUAUCGUGAGGUUCUGGGGUUGUUGGCCGUGGGUGUGUGGUUCGGAGCCACAAGCUGUCGGACAAGUCGUCGGUCGAGAGCUUAUCAACGAACAGCCGCCGUCCUGGCGGGACAGUGGCGGUGGGGGCUUUGGCGAGUAGAUUUAGACGGCGGACGGGAUUACAAGUUCGAGGGGAGCCGGCAACGGGUAUGGCGCAUUCUCAUACGGCGGGCAAUCUCGCGGUGGACGAUCGGCUUGCUUCAGGUUCUAGGACUUCACGCAAGAGGGUGGAGGAAGAGAGAGGGAGAGUGUGUGUGAGAGAGAGCGAGAGGGCAGAGG